AAUAAGUUUUACAAUGGCCUGUAUCCUGCCAAACCCGGAAGCUGGCCAAGCACUGCGAUCUUGGUCUUUAUAUGCUCAAUGCUUGGUUGGGAUGUGAGCUUUGGGGUAGUCCCAAGUUUGGAAAGUUACUUGAAAAGGCAUCUUAUUUCGGACAUGGUUAGAUGUCACAUGGUUGCUUCACUACUCUAUUCGUUAUUCCUGUGGAUAUCCGGGGCUCUCAUCAAGAGAUACACUUUGUUGUUCCUCUAUAGUUACACGCAAUGGAUUUAUGAGAUUCAUUCUGGUCAGUCUUGGAAAACUAAAAUUUGGGCAGUGCUGGUGAAGCUGUGCAAAGGUAAACAUCCACGUCUGUACAGUUUUCAAGGGGCACUUCCACGGCUUCCAUUGCCGUCCGUCUCUGACACCAUACGACGAUACUUGCUUUCUGUGGAGCCAUUACUGGAUGAGGAUCAGAUGCAACGGACUAAGAAACUCGCCCAAGAUUUCGAGACCAACGAGGCGGUGAAGCUUCAGCGUUAUUUACGACUGAAGCGACUCUGGGCUUCUAAUUACGUAACAGAUUGGUGGGAGGAAUACGUCUACUUAUAUGGUCGAUCUCCGUUGGUUGCACACUCAAAUAUCUACGGACUGGACACUCUGAUGCGACACCCAACUAACCUUCAAGCUGCCCGCGCCGCUCAGUGCAUCAGUUCCCUGAUCAACUACAUGUUCCAGCUGCUAACCGAGCGACUGGAACCCGUCAUUGUGAACGACAUGGUACCACUUUGUAUGAUACAGUACGAACGGACCUUCACAACCACUCGGAUUCCCGGCAUUCAGGUAGAUACGCUGUGGCAUGAUCCGGCGACGCCACAUCACAUUGUGGUUCUGCACCGAGGACGCUAUUUCAAAGUUCUCAUACACAACGAGAAUCGAUGGCUCGAUGCUCGUGAAAUAGAACGAACACUACAGAGCAUCAUUGAUGACCCCACGGAGGCGCUUCCCGGUGAAGAAAUUUUGGCCGCACUAACCGCUGGUGAACGGACCCACUGGGCGGUGACACGUAGGCAAUUCUUCAACACUGGUGUCAAUGCCGCCUCCUUGAGGGCCAUCGAAGAGGCGGCGUUUUUUGUCUCCUUGUUGGAUGAGGACCACAUCCCUAACUUGUUAGAGGACGAAGAUGCGGUUGAUCGAUAUGCAGCUGCCACACUUCACGGAACUGGAUGCAAUAUCUGGUUCGACAAGUCGUUCACGCUCAUGGUUGCACGCAACUGUGUGGUUGGCUUCAAUGCAGAGCAUUCAUGGUCAGAUUCACCCGUAAUGGGCCAUUUGUGGGAAGUGAUACUAUCAAGCAAGACAAAUUACGAUCAUAAUGGGCACUGUCGUGGGCGAGCUACUUCUCCUCUGCCAUUGUGUUCUCGACUUUCUUGGGACUUUUCCGACCAGUGCAUCGAUGCGAUGAAGACAGCUCUGAAGGUAGUAACCAAUGUGAUCAGUGACGUACAUCUGCACGUUUUUCCUCACCGAGCCUACGGGAAGAGUUUUAUUGCAGCGCAGCGUCUUUCACCGGAUGCUUAUAUUCAAAUGGCACUGCAACUGACUUAUUUCCGAAAUUCUGGAAGAUUCUGCCUUACCUAUGAGGCAUCGAUGACUCGCCUGUUCCGCGAGGGGCGCACGGAAACUGUCCGAACCUGUUCAAAAGCCUCCGUUGCUUUUGUCAGGGCAAUGGAGGAUCCUAAUGUCGGAAAAGCCGAACGCUUGAGUAAGCUCCGGGUCGCUUGUGACUACCACCAGUCGCUCUAUCGCGAUGCUAUGACUGGCAAAGGAGUAGACCGCCAUUUGUUCUGCCUGUACGUAGUCUCACGGCACCUGGGAAUUGAGUCACCUUUUCUACAGGAAGUUCUAGCCCAACCUUGGCGUCUUUCAACCUCACAAACUCCACAUGGACAAACUGCUCAAGUGCGGAAUCUGCCCCAGUUUGAUGACUUCUUCUCGAUUGGCGGCGGUUUCGGGCCAGUUUCCGAUGAUGGCUAUGGGGUUUCGUAUGUCUUGGCCUCAGAGACUACCACAUUCUUUCAUAUUUCUUCCAAGCAUUCUUGUCCCAAAACGGAUUCGAAGAAAUUCGCAUCACAACUGGCCACUGCACUGGCCGAUAUGCGCGCCUUGUUCACGUGAUUGAUCAUCCUUGCCAUUUAGACAUUUUUAAACUCGCAGUCAUAUUGUAUUUUGCUUGUACGUAGCUUCUGAUGCUUUUCUUACUUUCCCAG